AACGAAUGAAUCGAGAUUGCACAAUGCGGCGUCCCGUUUAGUUGCCGCAACUAGUAAUUUCCUGUUCUCUGUCAUUCCGUGUAAUCUGGACUAAACCGUUAGACUGACCAAACAUUAAGAGAAGAUCAAUGCUAUUUUAGGACAGGCCGAGAACGAGAUUAUCGGUGUCAGGGCGAGAAUAACCAGAGGAAUUUCAAUGGCUGCAUCUAAAUGUACGCGACUCAGCGAAGCUCUGACCAGACAGUUACUGGAGUCCGUAGACUUUGUCCUGUUCGACUGCGACGGCGUGAUAUGGCGAGGCGAUCAGGUGAUUCCUGGAGCCCCCGAGGUUAUCAAUACAUUGAAGAAAAACGGAAAACAAGUGUUUUUUGUCACGAACAACAGCACCAAAACGCGAAAAAUGUAUGCGGAUAAAUUAGGCAAACUCGGUUUCAAUGCCACCGAGGAAGAAGUGUUCGGGACGGGGUACUGCUCCGCGAUCUACCUUAAAGACGUGUGUAAAGUUGAAGGGAAGGUUUAUUUGAUCGGGAGCAAUGCGAUGAGGCAAGAACUUGAGAAGAUGGGCAUCCAGCCUCUCGGUGUGGGCCCAGACCCCAUCUCAGGUGUUCAGAUUGACUGGGCGAAUGUCCCUCUCGAUCAGGAGGUUCAGGCUGUUCUGGUCGGAUUCGAUGAACAUUUUAGUUAUAUGAAGCUCAAUAGAGCCAUGCAGUACUUGUGUAAUCCCGACUGUCAGUUCGUGGGCACUAACACGGACACGAGGUUGCCUCUGGAGGGUGGUAAAUCAGUCCCGGGUACAGGGUGCCUCCUAAGAGCAGUGGAAUGUGCUGCACAACGUCAGGCACAAGUGGUGGGCAAACCCAGCAAAUUUAUGUUUGACUGCGUGGCCAGCCAGUUUGGUCUAAACCCUGAAAGGUGUCUAAUGGUAGGAGAUAGACUGGACACUGACAUUUUGCUGGGGUCAAACUGUGGCCUGAAAACCCUGCUGACCCUCACAGGAGUGUCUACUGUUGCCGAUGCAGAGGCAAACCAGAAGAGCGACUGCCCUCAUCAACAGAGAAUGGUGCCUGACUACUAUAUAGACACCAUUGCUGAUAUUCUACCUGCUUUAGAGGGAUAGACAGUGUUUACCUAAGAUUUACACACUUUACUAGAGAAUAUUUAACGUGGAACAAAGUAAUCUAUUUUAACAUAUAUCACUUUAUUUAAAUAUUGAACAUUUUUAGUUGACAUAAAAAAUCACACUUUUACUUACUCUUCACGUACAGUUAUUUGACAUUUUGAAACUGUUGCCAUCAAGGGUUUAUUUGAAACAGGCCUACCUCUUUUUGGAGUUUCCCAAUGUAACAUUUUUAUUGUUUGGGUAUAUAAGGUCAAUAUGUUUUUUCUUGUGUUGUUUGUUUUAAAUUUGUCUGAAACAUAAUUUGUCAAAAUCUGAAUGAGAACUUGUGUAUAAACAAUGAGCAACAGUUGUGUGCAUAUAAAAUGAAGUAAAAUUAAUAUAUAAAAAAUAAGAAAAAAAUGUUGUCUGAUCAGUAACACUCAGGUACUAGAAGAACACAAAUGGGCCUUUUCCAACUUGUUCAAGCGUGUUCUUAUAACACGUGUGAAUAUUUGCAAUAACAAUUUGCACUUUACUACAUGUCACUAUCAACACCAUUGAUUUGUUUUGAUUUUAGUUCUCACAAUCAAUUGAACAAGCAUUUAUUUUUUGUGUGUCUGAUCAAAUAAACAAAUCAUUUUAAUGGGC